AUGUCAGACGACGAAGGUCCCGAUUACGAACAAUUGCGUGGAAUGGGUUUCAUUUGUUGGAGAGAAAUAAAUGAUUAUAAUACAAAUGAUAAUGAUACUCCUAUAGCAGAUACAGAAAAUAAAUCUAAAAAGAAAAAAAGAAAAUUAUCGAUUUCAGAGGAAAAUGUGCCAACAAAAACUGAUGAUAUUCCAGCCAAAAAAUUAAAAACAAAGAAAAAAAAAAAAGCUUCAGCCACACGUUCGAAUCAAACACACGCUACAUCAACAUUGCAUAGUGCUAAUAAACCAGCUAGCAACAAUGCGGACGAUGACAAGUCACAAAUGGAACAUGAUACGGCAAGAAAAAUAUGGUUAGAUUUAGGUGUAUCAAAAACGAUUGUUCAAGCUCUCAUUGAACAAAAAUUUUAUGAACCAACUCAGAUACAACGAAUGGUAUUACCAUCAGCAAUUCGUGAUCGAUUAGAUAUAAUUGGAGCUGCUGAAACAGGAAGUGGAAAAACGUUAGCAUUUGGAAUUCCAAUUUUAACACACAUGGAAAAUUUAAUUAAACAAGGUGAGGUGAAAUAUGGCCAAUUUUUAACUCUUAUAUUGACACCAACACGUGAAUUAGCUGUACAAAUUACAUCUCAUUUACAAACAGCAUGUCAAUAUACAAAAUUAAAUAUUGCUGUUGUUGUUGGUGGUAUGUCAACACAUAAACAAGAACGACUUUUAUCAAAACAUCCAGAAAUUGUUGUUGCAACACCCGGACGAUUUUGGGAACUAAUAAACGAGGGAGACAAACAUAUAUCAAACUUAUCACAAUUAAGAUUUUUAGUGAUUGAUGAAACCGAUCGAAUGAUCGAAAAAGGACAUUUCGUAGAUUUAGAAAAAAUUUUAAACUUAUGCAACAAUCUGAUUCAUUUAACCUAUUCUAGUGAGGAAAUGAAUCAUCCACAACGUCAAAAAUUUGUAUUUUCUGCUACUUUAAUGAUGAAAGAAUUAGAGGCAAUGUCAAAAAAUAAAAAGCAAGCAGUUACAGAUGAACAUGAAAAGUUGGCGGUUUUGAUCUCAGUCGUUGGCAUGAGUACAAAACCAAAAAUAAUUGAUUUGACAAAGAAAUUUGGUACUGUUGAAACUUUAACAGAAGCACGUGUUACAUGUUCAUUAGAAGAAAAAGAUCAUUAUUUAUAUUAUUUUUUGUCGUUAUAUCCUGGACGAACGUUAAUAUUUACAAAUAGUAUCGAUUGUAUAAAACGAUUACAAUCUAUCUUAACGAUAUUAAAAAUGAAUUCAUUACCAUUGCAUGCACAAAUGGAACAAAAACAACGUCUGACAAAUUUAGAGAAAUUUUCUAGUUCAGAGAAUGGUAUAUUAAUCGCCACUGAUGUUGCCGCCAGAGGACUCGAUAUUCCGAAUAUACAACAUGUUAUUCAUUAUCAAGUACCACGCUCAACACAACUUUAUAUUCAUCGAAGUGGACGAACAGCACGUGCUGAAAGAGAAGGUUUAAGUGUGAUAGUUAUUUGUCCGGAAGAAUUACAUUUAUAUAGAAAAAUUAUUAAAACGUUAAAUAGAGACGAAGAUUUACAAACAUUUCCUGUUGAUUUUACUAAUUUUUCUAAUAUAAAAAAACGUGUAAAAUUAGCUGUUGAAAUAUCAAAAUUACAUCAUCAAGUGGCCAAAACGACGCAUGAAACAAAUUGGUAUUUUAAAGCAGCAAAAGAAUUAGAUAUUGAAUUAGAUGAAGAUAUUCGUGAUAAUGAGUUAGCAAAAUCAGCUGGUACAAGUGAUUCGAAAAUAAAAGAGCAACAAUUAAGAAAUGAAUUGAAUAUUUUAUUAAAACAAAAAAUAAAAUCAUCAGAUAAAAUUUACUCAAACUCAUACCCGUUACUGUUUGGUGAUCCAGAAAAAUUGUUAACAAAAAAAGUCAACCUGACAGCCAUUGACGAAUUGAAACAGAGAAAACCAAAGCAAAAGAAACGAAAAGCAUGA